AUGACAGCUCAAUAUCACUACGGCAGUUCUGGUCCAAGUCCAACUGACAUAGCAGAAGAGUAUGCUGACUGUCAAAGGGAAACUCGCGACAAGCAGCCUGUCGCUAAAGUAGUCGGAAUGGUGGAGUUCAAACCUAGCUACAUUGUAGGUGGUCAUGACAAGGUCCUGUGGAAUAAACACGGUCGAACCUUUUACACAAAAAACUGCGUCCACUUGGAACUCGAGGGCGACAUAUAUGUCAAGCAGUCUGGCUACUACAUCGUUUCAUCGCAACUGAAUAUACGGCGAAUACAGGAGACACGCACACCGAAAAAUGAAACCAGAGCAACGACUUUCAGUCAUCAUGUUGAGUUGCUUUCCAACGACUAUAGCAAGCCUGACGUACUGAUGCAAACCGUGAAAUCAUUUGAAGGAAAUGGUGGUAAUUUUACAAGUUUCCUGUCAGCUGUUUUCAAGCUGAACAAAUAUGAUAGGCUCUCGGUAUCUGUAUCCAAUCCUGAAUUGUUAGACAUUAACAAUUACAAUGAUCAUUUCCUGGUUUAUUACGCAUAUGAUCUGCCAUACUGAAAAAUCAACAGUUAUCUAAACAUUCAAGAGUAACGUCUCAAACAUUGGUUUAUUAAGUGUCAAAAAACUGAUCAGAAUUAGUUUUUAUAAUUGUGUUCCUGAGUGUUGUGUUGUUAAUUUGGCGAUAUUCCUACGCGUAUAUACCAGAUGGAGUUUAUAUAAUUAUGUAAGUUAUUGUAUACUGUAUUUUUGUAAUUGUAAAUAUUCGUUUUUCUGAUGUAUUGCCUAAUCUUUCUGAUGUUGAUGAGUAUUUCAAUAUAUGUGCUAUGAUCUUGAUUUUUUUUAUAAUUUGCAUAACUUAUACU